CUCGGUGGUGUAUGGGUAGGUACCUGGAUAGAGGGGUCCGUCAAAAAAUUAUUUCCCACUCAUCGCGAUCGCAACUUUUCGCAAUUGCCAGCCAUACCACAUACACCACACCAUGGCGCCCUCCUCAACACCCAGUCAAGCCGAGCUCGACCGUCGGAGGAUAGUCGGCGUCAACAAGGAAACCGUCACCGAUGUAAGCUCGACCGAUUACCCGGGCACCUACGCCGGCGAGGACCACUCGUGGGAUCUCGACCGCUUCGCCUCCAACUUCCGCGUCCAGUUUCACCACAACGCCCAGCACGAGGCUUCCUUCUCCCUCGUUGGUGUCGACGCCUCCAUCGCCAACGCCUUCCGCCGCAUCCUCAUCGCAGAGAUCCCUACCAUCGCCAUCGAGAACGUCUACAUAGAGAACAACACCUCCGUCAUCCAGGACGAGGUCCUCGCCCACCGUCUCGGCCUCAUCCCCUUCACCGGCAACCCCGAAGGCAUCCACAAGUUCCUCAAGUGGUACCGCAAGCCCGAGCAAGGAGGAAAGGGCUCCUUCGACUACAACACCGUCCAGCUACGCCUGCGCAUCGAGUGCACUCGCAAUUCAGACGCCGCCCCCGGCGAGACCGACCCGGACAAGGCCUUCCAUAACGCGAGCGUCUACGCAAAAGACAUUGAGUUCGUGCCCACGGGCCGCCAGCUCGAGUUUUUUUCGGGCGAGGACGCCAUCCGCCCUGUCAACCCGGACAUACUCAUCGCCAAGCUGCGGCCCGGUCAGUGCAUCGAGCUCGACAUGCACAUGCACAAGGGCAUCGGCGCCGACCACGCAAAGUUCUCCCCCGUUGCCACCGCCUCGUACCGACUCAUGCCCACCAUCACCGUCACGCGUCCGAUUCUGGGUCAGGACGCCGAGAAGUUUGCCAAGUGCUUCCCCCAGGGUGUUAUCGCCAUCGAAAAGGUUAUGAAAAAGGAGGCUGCUGUCGCUGGUAGCGGAUACGAGGGCCAAGAGGGCGAGAAGAAGGCCGUUGUCAAGGACGCCAUGAAGGAUACAGUCAGCCGCGAGUGCUUGCGCCACCCCGAGUUCGAGGGCAAGGUCAAGCUAGGCCGGGUACGGGAUCACUUCAUCUUCUCCAUCGAGAGCACCGGACAGUGGGACAGCGAUGAAUUGUUUUUGGAGUCGGUUAAGCAGUUCAAGACGAGGUGCAUGCGUCUUGAGCAGCAGGUCAUCAACAUGGUUAGAUGAAGGUUCACUGCAUAUGUACCAUACCUAUAGAUAUCCCGUCGUUUCUGGUUCGUAAGGGUUGGCUGGCAAUGGCAAGAAAAAAGUUAAUUAUGU